AAACGGUUUCCAUCACUUUUUACAUCUUUCAAUCAUUCUUCUACAAAUCUCCUUUUAUAACGAAGCUAUUUGUCUACACCUAUCAUUAUGUCACAACACAAGAUCCAUAGCACAACUGAACAUGACCAUGCUGUGUCACCAACAGCAAAAUUAGCAAUGCCAUCAGCACCUCUUUCGAUCUUUUUCUUGCCACCAGAAAUCAUUUCUUCGCUCAGUUUGAAUUCUCAAUCCGAGAUUCUUAAAUCAGAUCCUUUGUUGGAGAAUCAUACUAUAAAUACUGCUGUUAAUCAAACCUACGGCUCAGAUACUGUUGCAACACCUGUUCCCACCAGCCUUGACUCAGCAGCUCCCUCUUGCCGUAUCUGUGGAAUUACUCAGUUUGAGAGCGUCGAAAAACAACGCGAGCAUGUCAAGCUUGAUUGGCACCGGUACAAUCUCAAACAACAGCUUUUGAAUAAACAGGCCAAACCCAUCUCAGAAGCCCAAUUUGAAAAUAUGAUCCAAGAUCUUUCAAGCAUUUCCGGAUCAGAUACUGAUGACAGUGAUUAUUAUUCAGACCUCAACAACGACGGAGCAACGGGCAGAAUCAGCUCAUUGAUGAAGAAAAUCGAAUUGUCCGUCAAAGAAGGCCAGGAAGCACGUGAGCAAGACCCUCUCAUGAUUUAUCAACGGCAGCGUGCUGAUCAACAGUUCCGGGAAUCUUGCUCGUCACCUUUGAUCUGGUUCACCUCCUCACUUUACAAUGACACUGUGCGUCUGGGCAUCUAUAAGAACGCGCUGCCUAAUAAAGGCCAAUGUGAAAAUAUAGUGGCAUACCUUCAGUCGCUCCAAUUCGAUAUACCACCACCAGUCAAUAAAAAGAAAAACAACAAGGCGAGAAGAGAAGCUAGGAGACUAGCGGCAGCGGCAGUUACUGCAGAAGAUCCAAAGGAGGCUCUUCCUGCAAUUGAUGAACAGAUAGAUCAAAGCGCUGGUACACCACUUGUAGAUUCAAUUGAAACUGUUGCGGCACAGCAGGAUUCGCAAGCACAGAACAAUGUUCAAAACCUCGGCAUGAAUAUGGGUGAGAGAGGACAAGAAGAUGGACAGGAAGAAGAAGAGGAAGAAGAGGUGGAGUAUGAGCCCGACUGGAUCAAAUAUCAGAAGCAGGCCAAGCAGAAGCAGAAUGCUUCUGCUAAUCCUCCCCAUCAGGCACGACUAUGGACUCUGAUCAUGAUUGGAGGAGGCCACUUUGCAGGCAUGGUUAUGGACCUUGCAGGCCAAGUUUCAUCACAUGGCCGUGAUAUGAAAGUUAUUGCCCAUAAAACAUUUCAUCGCUAUACAGUCCGACGUCAGCAAGGAGGUUCGCAGGGAUCGCAUGGGAUCGCCAAUUCCGCAGGAGCACGUGUGCGCAUGUAUAACGAAGAAGCAUUGAAACUUGAAGUCCGUGAAUUGCUUGAGGGUUGGUCUCACUGGAUCCAGCAAAGUGAAUGUGUCUUUGUUCAUUCUCCUGGAAACAACCGCCGGGUUCUAUUUUUUGAAAAUUCGGUGAUCUCUACUGCAGACCGACAAGGGCGUCUUCGUUCCAUCCCCUUUAUGACAAGACGGCCUACCCUCUCUGAGCUCAAACGCGCCUAUCUGGAGCUAACUACAGUCAAGGUCUCUGUUCUCAGUCCGGAAGCAUUGAAGCAGAAAGAGUUGGAAGAGCAGGAGGCGCUUGAACGAGCAUUGCGAAAUUCUCAAGCAAGAGCUACAUCACUGCUGGAGGGUGGUAAGAAGGCAAAGCAGCCAACUAUGACGACAUCCAGCCCAUCCCCUGAGCUGAUCAAACUAGUCGAGUUAGUCAAAAAGGGUCGCGCUGAAGCCAUGUCGAAUCAUAUUCAGAAGUAUGGUAUUGAUGUCUCGCAGCCUCUGCCGUUGACAACCAGUACAGAAUACGAUAUUCGUAGGACACCCACCAUAUUGCAUGUAGCUUCUCACCACGGCCAAGCUCAAGUUGUCAAGGCGUUAUUGGAGAAGCAUAUGGCUGACCCGACGAUCACCUCAACCAUAUCAGGACAUGACAAUGAUAGUGGACAGGAUGAUUCUGAAAACAAAUCGCUCUCGCUCGGUACCAGUUCAUUAACUGCAUACGACGUUGCCAAGGAUAAAGAGACACGAAAUGCUUUCAGAAGAGCCAUGGCAUUACUACCAGAGGCAUGGGACUGGGUUGGACAGGCACAUGUUCCUUCUGCACUCACACCAGAGAUGGAGGCAGAGCAGGAGAGAAAGGCUAAAGAAAAGGCACGCAAGGUAUUGGAAGCGGAGCGUGAGCGAAAAAAGACGAAAGAGCCAAGCCGAUCUAAGAUCCCUGUUGAACAUAACUCAGCCUCUAGGCUAACGGUGACAUCAUCAACAUCACCGCCCAGUCUAUUGGCCAAGAACAUGGCCAGUGUUUCAGCCGCCCAUUCAAAUCUAUCACCCGAAAUGCGGAUGCGUCUAGAACGUGAGCGACGCGCUAAUGCUGCAGAAGCUCGUAUGGCCGCCAUGCGUCAAGCAGAGACCAUUCGUAGAGCUGUCCAAGAGGGCAAGAAUAUUUGUGUGACCUGUGGUAAGAGUCUAAAUGACUUGACACCAUUUGACAAAUUUGGGCGCAAAUUUUGCACCACAGAAUGUGUUGCCAAAGGCCCUGCAUAAUUCAAUAAAAUAUCAAAGAAU